CAGAUGGUGUGGUGUCACCUUCCAAAAGGCAGUUUAUCUCCCCUCAGAAACCUUCCCCCCCCUGACAACUUUGACAUAACAUCUCAAGACAGUGGCUACUCUGAGAGUGGCAAAAAGGUGGACGAGGACUGUUUCAGUGUUCCAAUCAGCUGUGCGCCACGCAAGCUCAACCUUGAUCUGUCUCCAGCCAAAACACAAUUGGCAGUCUCUCCAGUGAAGCCAGUUACUGUAGUCACCUCUACCACAUUGUCAUCAACAGCAGGUUCUAAUGCUACUGCUGUUACCACUACAACCGCUACCACAACCAUUACCACAGUAACCACCACACAGGAAGCCCCUACAGAUGCUUCUACUGAAGGUGGAAGACCAUUCAAAAAGUUUUCCUCACUCACCAAGGGUGAAGAGGAUGAUGCCAUCCUGAUGGAUCUCAUGAAUGAAGUUGCACCCCAAGAUGAUAAGCCACUGGGUUUCUCAAACUUGUUGGUAGCCCCCAUAGUGCCAGCUAAGGCGUCCCCACCACCCAAAGCUGCAUCCCGCCCCUCCAUCAGGCGCUGCCUCUCCAUGAUUGACACAACCCCUACUUCCUCUCGGGUAUUGAAGCCAGCAUCUGUCCAGUCUGAGAACACUUCUUCCUUCAAGCGACCAGAGCCCCCGUCAGACAUCUGCACCACUGACACCAAACGCCGAAAGUUGGAUGUACCCAGUGAGCAGCUCUCUCCAAUCACAUCCAACGCUCCAACCACUACACAGCAGGAGUCAGCCCCUUAUGACACUGAGGCAAGUGUCUGCCCCAGAACCCAGCCCAUCCUCCCAGCAGAAUUCCAAGCCAAAGUUUCAUCGCUGUCACUCAGAGAGAUACAUUUACACAAUGAAAGCUUUAAACAAGAGUUGUAA